AUGCCCUCCUCUUCAGCUGCAGUGCUCCUGUCCGUCCUGAGCCUCUGUGUGUACGGCUCCCCCGCGGUGCAGCAGCUAUCCCGGGACGUGGUGAGCGCUGUGGCCCCUGGAGAGACGCUUCUGUCCGGCCCCGCGGUGCGCACUGUCUUUAAUACACUGCAGGCCCGUGUGCAGUGCACCGAAGUGCCGUGUGAAAAGUGCAGUCCAGCAGAUGCCAUUCAACAGCUGAUAACCGCCAACCGUGAGGAUGGAAACGCCUCGAACAUAAACGCCGAGGAGUUUACAUUUGUGGCAGCGGCCGCGGUCUUCUACUUCAGAUCCCCGGGACCGGUUUGUUCGGCGAUAAAACGAGGGGAGUGGAAAGAAGCCACAGAACGUUUCCUGCAGGAGAUCACCCACAGCGGACACAAGCACACAGAAAACCAGGAGCACCAUGACCACCCAGGGCACCAGGAGCACCAGGAGCACCAUGACCACCAUGACCACCACAGCCUGGAUGAGGAGGCUGUGGAGAGGCUGCUGCGGGGGCUUCACUACAGACCACUGCACACUCAGAGCUGUGUCGGGGCCGCUGAGCUCACGGGGCACGAGGAGGUGGUGUUUGGGAGAAUCCUGCUGAACGCUCUGGAGGGAGGCUGCUUCAGGAGCUCUCUGCCCGAUGACAGCUUCUUCCUGCACGACAUCAUGGAGCGGCUGGGAUCAGACAACUUCACUCUGCAAGAGUUGAAAGAUCUCAUGAAUAGUCUGAACCUGGGACCAGACUCAGAGAGGGACGGCGACCAUGACCACGACCAUGGCCACGGUCACAGUCACCAUGACAACCACCACCACCACAGGAGGAGGAGGAGUGUCCCGCUGCACCCGGAGGAGCACGUCACCAACAGCACAUGGGACAAUCACUGUUUCUCUGCGGAGGAGCUGCUGCAGAUCUACGGAGUCUCUAACUCCUCAGACUCGUCAGAACUGGCUCGUCUCAGUCCGGCGCUGGUGCAGCAGCUGCUGAGUGGAUCCUGUUCUGUGGCUGUCCAACCAGGAAAACCAGACGGACUGAGCCGAACAGAACGAUAUCUGUACGCCACUCUGGCCAAUGUGGUGAUCACGCUCUCGUCCAUGUUUGGCAUCUUGGUCCUCCUCUGCACCUCCUGCACCACCCUCUUCCAGCUGAGUAUCCAGUUCUGCAUCAGUUUGGCGGUGGGUUCUCUCACGGGGGACGCGCUGCUCCAUCUGCUGCCAAUGUUCCUGGGUCUCCAUGUGCACGGGGCCGACAGCGGCUCUAAACACGUGCACGCGGACGAAGGAGUGCUGCCAGAUUACACUCGGAAGAUGUUGGUCGUGAUGGCGGGAGUCUACUACUUCUUCCUGAUGGAGUCGCUUUUCUCUCUCAUCUCGCACAAAUAUAAAAAGAACCAACACGACCAUCAUGGGGAUGAAACUGAACCACACCAUUGUGACCAUGGAAGAGUUUUAGAAAUGUAUCAAAAAGAUAAAAAACAAAAAGAAAAGAUGCAGUCAGCAUCAAAAGCAGAUCUGGUCGUUUAUGAGGAGGAGAAACCUCAGAAGCAGCGCACUAGAGAGCAGCGCCUGCUGCCGUACAUGAUCACGAUAGGAGACGGUCUCCAUAACUUCGCUGACGGGUUGGCGAUGGGAGCAGCUUUCUCUGUGUCGUGGAGAUCAGGUUUAGCCACUUCUAUCGCGGUUCUGUGCCACGAACUCCCUCAUGAACUGGGAGACUUUGCUAUCCUGCUGCACACCGGCAUGUCUGUCCGCAAAGCGCUGCUGCUGAACCUGGGCAGUGCCAUGACCUCGUUCUUCGGCCUCUACAUCGCUCUCUCUGUGGCCACUGAUGUGGUCACGCAGCAGUGGAUCGCAGCAGUGACUGCUGGGCUCUUCCUGUACGUGGGGCUGGCGGACAUGCUGCCCACUCUGGUGCACAUCGACAGCCGGCGGCCGUGGCUCGUCUUCCUGCUGCAGAACGUGGGUCUGCUGAGCGGCUGGGGCAUCCUGCUGCUCCUGUCUCUGUUCGAAGAACAAAUCCACUUUUAA